GUCCCUGGAUCUGCCGCCAUCACGACCAGGAUCACCGACAAUGUCCAUUGCCAAGUGGCAGGCUUGGCUGUGGCCACCAUAGGAUGGAUCCUUACCGUUAGUUCCACGGGCUUCACGGAGUGGCGAGUGUGGUACAUGGAGAGCACCUCACCCCCUGGCCUCUCCUGUGUGGGAAUGUGGAGAGUCUGCAUUUAUCACCGGGAGAGCUACUCUAGCGAGAUCAAACUGUGUCACCCAUAUACGUACCAGGACACCUUCCUCCCUCUUGAUAUUCGUGUUGCCCAGCACCUCCUGCUGGGUGCCAUCAUUCUGGGGCUCUUGGGGAAAACUCUCAUUAUCUUUGCACUUUGGACCCUAAACACAGGCGUUCCUCGGGGGGGUGUCACCUACAAGCUGUUCGUUGGUUCAGGAAUUCUUCACAUGACUGCUGGCUUCUGUAUCUCAGCGGCAGUGGCCUGGAAUUACUACUCCAUCACCCGCAUGCAGGGUAUUGCCUUCCCACCAUCUUUCCAAAUACCCUACAAGCCAGACACUCAGGAAAUUGGCAGUGCUGUUCUAUUGGCAGCUCUGGCCGCCUUACUGAUGCUGUUGAGUGGGUUGUUCUUCCUCUCUUACAGAUCUCCCCGGGGCAACAAAGUGCAUCCUGAAGUUCGACAAAAUGAAUUUCCUAGCUGCUCUGUCUUUGUAAAUCCAUGACUCUCAGGAGCUCAUGGGAGGUAUUACCAAAUGUUUGCAAGGA